AUGUUUACGCCUAGUGAGGUGUCAUAUCAAUUUAUCUCUGGUUUGGUAAAAGAUUUGCACUCGGGGGAUAGGUUAGAGGUUCUUUGUGUGUAUGCCUGUAAUAGUAAUAUUGAGAGACGUGUGUUAUGGCGGCGUAUGAUUGAGAUUUUUGUUGAAUGGAGAGGGUCGAGUAUGGUCAUGGGUGAUUUUAAUACCAUUACACUUCAUUCUAAAGCUUUUGGUGGAGCUCCAAAUCCUGGGGAUAUGGAGGAGUUUGACAUGGCUAUUCGCGAGGUUGACCUUGUUGAAUUGUCGGUUCAAGAAAACUGGUUUACUUGGACUAGUAAGGUCCAUGGGUCUGGUUUGAUAAGGAGGCUAGACCGUAUCCUGGUGAAUGAUGAGGGCCUUAAUGCUUGGCCUAACAUGAGGGUUAAUGUGCUCCCUUGGGGUAAUUCUGAUCACUCUCUCAUCCAUGUUUAUCCCAGCUAUCAGCAGAGACAGCGGGUGGUCUCUUUCCGUUUCUUUAACCAUUGGGUUGAGGAAGCUUCCUUUUUGGAUAUUGUCUCCUCAGUUUGGGCCAAAGAUACUAGUUUGGGCCAAAAUAACUAG